AGCUAUUUUGCUUAGGACUCUCAUCAACAAAACCAAUAUCUACCAUGGCUGUUGAUUAUUUUCCCAAGCAUUUGGUGUUCAACAUCUUGUUCAAAUUACCCGUUAGAAGUGUUGUUAGAUUCAGAUAUUAUUCCCGACAAUAGCUCGCUGCAUCUUUGUCGCUAGAAGACUGAUGGAUGAUUUUUCUGAUCACUUGGGAAUAUCAAUAAUGGCUGUUGCUGUUGUAUUCACUGUAUAUGAUUUAGUUCUUCUCCUCCUAACCUCUGGACGAGAUCCUGGCAUAAUUCCCCGCAAUGCACAUCCUCCAGAACCAGAAGGCUUUGAUGGAACUGCAGAUGUUGGUGCUGGACAAACUCCACAGUUACGUUUGCCACGCAUUAAGGAGGUAGAGGUCAAUGGAGCAGUUGUGAAGAUCAAGUAUUGUGAUACUUGCAUGCUUUACAGACCUCCUCGCUGUUCACACUGUUCAAUAUGCAAUAACUGCGUAGAACGAUUUGACCAUCACUGUCCUUGGGUUGGACAAUGUAUUGGGCUGAGGAUGAUAAUUGCGUGGACACAAGCUUGAUUGAUUUGGUCUCAAAUAUUAUCCACAUCGUGUGACCAAUAGAUGUUUAAAAACUGGAUCAAUAUUAAUAUAUUAUAUGAGACUUUGUUCA